AUGUCAGCGGCGUCAAAGAAAAAGUAUUUUGAAGAUAUUGCGGGGGGUUCCACGAAACCGACGGACGUGCUCGAAAGUGGUCCGACGGCGCCGAGUGCCGGCAGCGAUCGGAAGCUGGCAACUGUCGCUGCAAAGGAGACUGAUCGUCAGUUUUCCGCUGCAAGCAGUCCGAUGGAGACUACAAAACCAGCGCAGCCAGCGGCAUCGGCAGUGAGCGCACGUGAAGCCACGACGAACGGCCUGUCGAACGCGAAGACGGUUGGCGCGGCUGCGGACACGGAUCGCCCAACGCAGACGGCAGCGGCAGCAGCACCGACUACAACCGCCAAGCAGGCUGCCCAGCCUACGAGGCCGUCGGCUCCGACUGCUGUCGAGAACGCCGCCGCGCAAACGAAACCGGAGAAAGAGGCCAAGCCCGCUGCUGCGUCGACCAAGCCCGAGUCGUCGUCGUCGUCGUCGAAGCGGCUCCUUACCAUUGGAGAGAAAGCCUACGAGUUGUGGCAGAGUGGAAACAGCCAGGACUCGGAAAAGAACUGGAACGACGCGAUCUAUCAGCUAGCAUGCCAGCGGGCGCACGAGAUCUGGUUGGAAACGGGAUGUGAGGACUCGGAAGCCAACUUCCACAAGGCACGCGAGGAAGUGAUCGCCAACGGCGGUUUGUACGUCUAG